AGUAGCCACCAUUUGCCUUGGGAAGACUGGUUUAUAGUUCCAAGAAAGGUAUUUGAGUGGAAAGGUGACUUAGGAUGUGAUAGGUCGAAGUAUUUUGCAAACAAACGCUCUUCCUUUCUGUCAGAUAACAGAAUUACCUUGUCACUCGUAAAAAUGAAACGUUGCUUACUGUUUACUUUUUUCUCGUUUAUACAUAUUUUCGAUAAAUGUUUAACUUAUCUUCCACCUCGUUUAAAUGUUGCAAAACCUUAUAUAAAUGUACCUCCAAAUACACUUCUAAUACUUGAAUGUAGAGGAGAAUAUGAUACCUAUUGGGAUAUUCCAAAGUAUCUUGAACCUGAUAUAAAAGAAAAUAACAUUAAAAUUACAUAUGGAAGACCUUCAUAUUCAGAAGCUACUAAACUUUCAAUUCAACAUUCGCCUGAGAGAACAGGUCUUUAUAUUUGUUAUUAUAAAAGUAGUAAUUCAAUACAUGGAAAAAAUGCAACAGCUGUAUACAUAUUCUUCAAUGGUAAGUUUAUAUAUCUAAAUAUACUUUCAUGAUUUUAUUUAUUAAACU